AACCAUACAUAGCCCUAAAUCCCCGCGAGUGUGCUUCCUUAAUGUACUCUCGCGGGUAAGUAUAUUUCAAACCCAAAUGUCAGCUUGCCGGGUACAAAACGUGGAGAUGGCCGCUCUGCUAGAAAGGGACAACAAAAACAAAAUAGCCGCUUCUUCUCGCUGUCUUCUCUGCUACUCAGCUGUCAGCUCCCCACCACCGCCUCAUAUACCAAUUUCUCGCCAUUUUACCACGAUAUUUUCCCUUUCACAAAUUUCAGUUCUCUCUCUCCUCUAUUCUCUCUCUCUCACGCACACGGCGUUUUCAAAAUUUGAUUUUUAGUUAUCUCUCUGUGUGGAAUUCGAUUCCAUUCCUUUCCAUAUUUUUUUUAAAAUAUUUCUCUGGGAAUCGCUUCCUGAGCUUCAAGCUUUUGGUUUCUUCAGCUGUAAUAUCAGAGUCUGAGCUUGAUUUUCUCGAGAGCAGAUUAUCCUCGAAAUGGGAGCGGCCCCAACACGAUCUACAGCCGUAGAGGGGGGUUCAGCUUCUGCUCUUGAACCACCUAAAGCUCCAGAUGCAGAGGAGAACACGAUCGUCGAAGCUAUCAACGGCUCGGGCGGAACCCAGCCCGGUCCAGGGGGGUCCGGUAGAGGGAGCUCUGUUGGUGAUGUGGGUAGCAGUAGGGUAGGUGAAGUGGUCAAGACUCAGGUGGUUGAGCCCAAAAGUUCGACUGAGAGAAGUUUUGGGGACCUGAAUGUUGGUCUCUCGGAUACUGAGGAGGGUGGGCUUGUAGAGUCGAGUUUGCUGAAACUGAGAGGGGGUGAGGGUAGUGUUGAAAAGUUCGAGUCUUUUUCGAGUAAGGAGAAAAAGGCGGUGACGGAUGCUACUAUGGCUAUGGCUGGUGUGAACGGAGGGGUUGAAGAAAAUGGGAGUUCUUUGGAUGAAUUUGAAGAAGACCAAGAUGGGAAACAUGAGAUCAUUGAGGGUAAGACUGGUGUGAACGGAGGAAGGGCUGAAGAGAAUGAUAGUUUUUUGGAUGAGAUUGAGGAAGACCCAGAUGGGAAACCUGAGAUCACUGAGGACAUGGGUGACGAGGGACAUGAGUUUUCUGUGGGAGAUUUUGUGUGGGGUAAGAUUAAGAGCCAUCCAUGGUGGCCUGCCCAGAUUUGUGAUCCUUCUGAUGCGUCGGAGUAUGCAGUGAAACUGAAAUAUAAGGACAGACUCCUUGUUGCUUAUUUUGGGGACGGCACAUUUGCUUGGUGCCAUCCGUCGCAAUUAAAACCCUUUGAGGAAAAUUUUCAGGAGAUUUCGAAGCAGAGUAGUUCCAAGGCUUUUGUUAAUGCCGUGCAGCAGGCUGUGGAUGAGAUUGGAAGACUUGUGAAGUUGAAGAUGAGUUGUGGCUGCGUAAAGAAAGAGUUUUUGAGUGAUAUUAGUCAACCCUUGGCAUUGAAUGCUGGAAUUAAGGAAGGAGUUUUUGUGCCUGAAGGUAAAGUUGGGAAGUUUUUGGGUCAUCUAUCUGAAUCAGCAAACCUUCUUGCUGAGUUGAAGCAUGCUUCCCAAGUUACAUCCGUGAGUAGUGUGCUUGAGCUCACUGUGUUAAAGAGUUAUCUGUCUGCAUUUUAUUUUUCAAAAGGGGGGUAUCAAUUGCCUGUAUUCUAUGAAGCCCAGCCAGUUCCUGGUCUUGAGGAUGACGAGAAGGCGGUGGAAGUGCCUGUCCAAGGGCCAUUUGAAGACUGGCUUUCUUCUCCCGGAGGUGCAAAGACUGGUCAAACUGAUCAAACAUUUUCGCAAAGUUCACCCAAAAUUUUAGAGGAUAGGCAAUAUCAAAGAAGGAAGCAGAAAAGCAUUGCUGAUCUUAUGGGAGGGGACGAUGAUAUUCAGGCGAAAACUAAGGAUGGUGGGAUUAUGGCUAAUGAGGGAGCAGUAUCAGAGAAACCAGAGCAGAAGAAGCGGAAAGGCAGUGAGAGUCAUGAUGAGAGUAAUUUGGUUUCUGAUGUAGUAAAGAGAAAGCUCAGACUCUCAAAGUCACCCACAAGCACUCUUACCAAAAAAAAUAUGAGUGUUGAAAAUGAUUGUAGUGGCAGCAAGGAAGAAAGUAAGAAGGGUCGGUUAUCAAGGAGACGGAAGAAGGAUGAGAGUUUUGGCAUGGAUAGUGAUGAUGGUAAGAUGAAAGAAGAAACUGGCGACAGCCCUCUUUCAAGAGAUGGGGAAUUGCGCAGUGGUGGUUUACAAAGUGAUAUGAAAGAUCAAAUUGACAACCGCCCCUUGUCGAGGGAAAGGAAAAAGAGCAAGUACUUGUCCCCUCCUUUCACAAAUCUUAACAUGGUGAAAAGGAUGCGAGACAUAGAAAUAGAAUCUGAAGUUUCUAAUGAAACUCAGUCAGGGGAGCGGGCUACUUCUAACCUUAUUGGGUCCCCUCAUAUGUUGAAUUGCUGCACGGAGAAAUUAAAGAAGAAACACACUACAGAACUCAGUCCUAAAGCACCAGCAGAAGAUGAGGAGAAGAGCAUUAAUCCAAUGAAAGCUAAUGCAUCAGCGAGUCUAGUGCUAUCUGAACUCCGCUCUGCAGCUCUUAAUCCAUCAUAUCCAAUCAAAAGGAAAUCCUUUGAGAUUUUUAGGGACUUUAUGGCCAUAUUCAGAGACUCAAUUUAUCGCAAUGGCUCCAACUACGAACUUUACAAGAACCGCCAACCUCAUAGGAAGAGAAAGAAUUUAAUAUCUGAGCCUGGGUCACUGGAGAAAGACCGAAGUCAAACCGCAGACAAUCUACCUGACAGUGAAUCUGGGCAGAAGAAAAUCAAGAAGAGCUCUGAUAAGCCUAUAGGAAAGCAUGCUGCUGGAACACCGGAUUUGAAGACAAGGCGGAAGAAGAGGGACGAGAAAGCUUCACCUGCGUCCCUUUUUGUGACAUUUGGCCCUGGUUCCUCUCUGCCCACGAAAGCUGAUCUUAUCAAGAUAUAUAGUAAAUUUGGAGAGCUGAAUGAAAUGGAAACUGAGAUGUUCUACAACAAUUUCUGCGCUCGGGUUUCCUUCUUAAGGAUCUCUGAUGCGGAAGAAGCCUUCAACCAUUCGCAAAAUGACAGUCCCUUUGGAGCUUCCAAUGUCAACUUCCGGCUCCACAAUCUCUCGGCUGCUUCAAAGGUUCGUGAACUGAGUGAAAUAUCCAAUUCUCCUCCAGCUAAGUCCAGGGGUAAGACCAAAAGUCAGCCAGUAGGAACAAACUCACAGCCCCCUGUUGACGGUGAGGCGUCACAACUCGACUUCAUUAGACAUAAACUUGAGAAGUUGACCUCAAUGCUGGACAAUUCGGAUGGGAAAGUGUCAGCUGUAACGAAAUCCAAGUUGGAGAGUGAGAUAAAAGAGUUAUUGGAGACGGUAAGCACAAUGGUUGAAUCUUCAUCUUAGAUCGGUUCACUGUUUGUAUAAUUGAACUUUUUGUUUCUACACACAAUCCCCAGUAUGUCAUAUAAGCUAGUGAUCCAUAUGUAGGUUUAGGGAUAAUAUUUCUACUUUCUUUUUGGAUGCUUGUGGAUGAAGUUAUGUAGUAGUUUAUCUAGCCUGUGUAACUAGUUUCUUCAACUUAUCAAUAUAGAGAUCAGCAGGAGCUUUUGGUGAGAAGCAACUCUCAGUGUUGAUUUCAGCCACCAGUUCCAGUUGGAUGUAAAUUUCACU